AAAAUUUGCAUCUCCCAAAAAAAAAAAAAAAGGUAAAAAGCUCAACGCCCACUGGGAACCCGAAGAGGAAGAAAUGACCCGAUUUCCACCUCCAUCUCCUCCUCCUUCUUCUUCCUCUUCGCUAUUGAUUCCGAUCGACGAAUCCCUAACCCUAAUUCCCGGCCUCCCAAACGAUGUCGCUGCGCUGAUCCUCUCCUUCAUCCCCUUCUCCCACCAGGCCCGUCUCCGACCCAUCUGCAAAUCAUGGAGGCUCUUCCUCUCCUCCAAAACCCUAAUCGCCCUCCGCCAGACCCACCACCGCAGCAACCUUUCCCACCUCCUCUGCAUCUUCCCCCAGGACCCCUCCGUCGCCGCCCCUUACCUCUUCGAUCCCCGAACCCUAGCCUGGUGCCCCCUCCCGCCCAUGCCCUGCAACCCCCACGUCUACGGCCUCUGCAACUUCACCUCCCUCUCCAUUGGGCCCCAUCUCUACGUCAUCGGCGGCUCGCUCUUCGACACUCGUUCGUUUCCGAUCGACCGCCCCUCGCCGUCCUCCGCGGUCUUCCGAUUUGACUUCAGCACUUCCUCGUGGGACUUCCUCGCUCCGAUGCUCACGCCGCGUGGAAGUUUCGCCUGCGCCGCAGUUCCAAAUUCGGGAGAGAUUCUCGUCGCUGGCGGCGGAUCCCGGCACACUCUGUUCAGCGCGGCUGGAAGCCGAAUGAGCUCAGUCGAGCGGUAUGACAUUGGUAGAAAUGAAUGGGUUGCAAUGGACGGGUUGCCAGGUUUUCGGGCUGGGUGCGCGGGGUUCUUUGUUGGGGAUGGCGAGGAGAGGGAGUUCUGGGUUAUGGGUGGGUACGGCGAGUCCAGAACAAUAUCAGGGCUUUUUCCGGUGGACGAGCAUUACAGAGAUGCCGUGGUAAUGGAAUUGAAGAAUGGGAAUGGUGGUUGCAGGUGGCGAGAGGUUGGAGAUAUGUGGGAAGCAGGGGAGAGGAUGAGACUGGGCAAAACUGUUGUCGUGGAAGAUGGCGAUGAUCGCGGUCGACCUGCUGUUUUCAUGCUUGAUCGGAAUGUUAUAUUCAGAUACGACAUGGCUUCAAACCGUUGGUGUGAGGAGUCACGUCUACCAAGACAGGUCCCAUGCAACUCAGAAUUUGGAUUCGUUGUAUUGGAUGGAGAGUUGCAUGUAAUAACCCUUUUGAAGGCAGUUGAACCAGCAGAAAUCCGGAGGUCACGACUGCGUCAGAGAGCAGGAACACUUUACAUCCAAAUCUACCAUCCAAAGAAGAAGACAUGGAGAUCUCUCAUAACAAAGUCACCUUUCCAUUACGGCUUGGAUUUCAAUACUGCAGUUAUGAGCACCAUUCGCCUGUGAAUCUCGAUUCUUAUUGCUUGUACUUGUGUUGAUAAUUGUACCGAUUGAUGUGCAGCGCCGUCUAUAUUGGUUCUCUGGGGUCAUUGCUGCUAGUAUAUUUGUAUAGUCUUGAAUGUACAGCAGACCGAGAUAAAUAAAUUAACUGUUAGUGAAGUGGUCAUUAGUUAAGGUGGAAUACAUUUGGGUUUCAUAUAUUUGUAUUUUUUUUUCAGAGAACAGAUAUAUUUAUAUAUGUAUACCAAGACGUGUUAUAUAGGUU